AUGUCCAUAAGGGACAGGGUGGAGGGCGACUAUUACGACCUUGGAGGCUUCCAUCGUCCGGUGACGACUUCCAGCGCCGAGGCCCAAACAUGGUUUGACCGUGGCUUGAUCUGGUCCUACGGCUUUAACCACGAAGAGUCGGCCAAAUGCUUCCAGCGAGCCAUUACUGCCGACCCCGAGUGUGCCAUGGCAUAUUGGGGUCUGGCCUACGCUCUGGGUCCCAAUUACAACAAGCCCUGGAAGUUGUUUACCGAAGCUGAGCGGCUCGACACUGUAGCGAAAACACACCGCGCGGUAGCCAUGGCCAGAGCAAGAGCACCCAGCGCUGGUCCUGUUGAACAGGCUCUCAUCAACGCUCUCAGCUUCCGGUAUCCCGGAGACAAACAGCCUACCAAGAUCAAUUGCUCUGUGUGGAGUAGAGAAUAUGCGAACGCCAUGGGAACUGUCUACGCAAGCUUUCCCGACGACCCCGAUGUCGCAACGCUCUACGCAGAUGCUAUGAUGAAUCUCACUCCCUGGCAACUAUGGGAUCUUCCCACUGGAGAACCUGCCCCAGGGGCUCGCACAUUAGAGACGAAGCGAGUCUUGGAACAUGCAUUGUCCCUCGACGUUGGGCAUCGCCACCCUGGUGUGCUUCAUCUUUACAUUCAUCUCAUGGAGAUGUCCAAGGAACCCGAAACUGCCAUGCCGCCCGCAAACAGAUUGCGAGGCCUCAUCCCUGACUCCGGCCAUCUGAACCAUAUGCCGUCCCACUUGGAUAUCCUCGUGGGAGAUUAUGCUCAAGCGGUAAUUGCCAAUACCGACGCUAUCCGAGCAGAUGAAAUUUUCCUGUCCCGCGAAGGCCCUUUGAAUUUCUACACCUUAUACCGAAGCCACGACUAUCAUUUUCGCCUCUACGCUGCCAUGUUCUCUGGUCAAUCCCGCAUCGCUUUUGAGACUGUGUCUAUGCUUGAGGCUACCAUCACCAAAGAGCUCCUCCAGAUUGAGAUGCCUCCCAUGGCCGAUUGGCUUGAGAGCUUUUUGGCAAUGCGGCUCCACGCGUAUAUUAGGUUCGGGCGAUGGAAGGACAUAAUUGAUUUCCCAUUCCCAAGCGAUCCUGUGCUUUACUGCGUAACUACAGCCUUGACGCAUUACGCCAAGGGAAUGGCGUACGCUGCUCUCAACAUGAUCCAAGAUGCCGAGAACCAGCGCAACGAGUUUUCCAAAGCUGUUCCCCGCGUAAGCCCCAACCGCACUCUAUUCAACAACCAGUGCGUCGACAUCCUUGGCGUCGCGCAAUCUCUUUUGGACGGCGAGCUCGAGUACCGCCGGGCAAACUAUGAGGUCGCCUUUGCACACCUGCGAGAGUCCAUCCUAAAGUACGACGAUCUGCCGUUCGACGAGCCGUGGGGUUGGAUGCAGCCGACUAGGCACGCAUAUGGUGCUCUGCUUCUGGAACAGAAUCACAUCGAAGAUGCCCUCGCAGUGUACAGGGCUGAUCUGGGACUCGAUGACACGUUAUCGCGAACGCAUAGGCACCCAAACAACGUCUGGGCCUUGCACGGGUACCACGAGUGUUUGAUAAGACUUGGUCGAGAAGAUGAAGCUAGGGAGAUUCGGCCGAAGUUGGAUGCUGCUCUGGCUGUCGCCGAUGUGCCUAUCCGUUCGUCCUGCUUCUGUAGGAUGAGAACCUUCAAACUAUGA